GUCCUCGAUCUAAUUUCGGAAGCUGGAUCACGAAAUACUGUUGUUCCAAGAAAAAAUCAUGGGUCUCCUUGGUCUCGCUUCCUUGAGCCUCUUCUUCUUUCAACUCGUAUUCCUGGGAAUGGCGGGACGGCAUUGGGGAUCAGAUGAUGACCGCGAGAUAGACAGGUACAACAUCCACGACCAGAUCAUGGACAGCCAUGUUCUUUCAGCGAAGCCUAAACAAGAAUCCCCGGUAGCUCACGGUAAGGGCGCCAUCGAUCCUGCCCUAAACGUCUUCUUCACGUUGGACGACCUCAAAGUAGGGAAGCGAAUGCCCAUCUACUUCCCCAACAAAUCAGGAGACCAUUCCAAGUCUCCGAGGCUCUUGACCAGAGAGCAAUCCGACUCCAUCCCUUUCUCGUCGGCUCAGCUCUCGCACCUCCUGUCCUUCUUCUCCAUCCCCGGGGGCUCCCCUCAGGCCAAGGCCAUGGAGUACACGCUCAAGCAGUGCGAACUCGAGCCCAUCGCGGGAGAGGCGAGGUUCUGCGCCGCCUCCCUGGAGUCCAUGCUCGACUCGGCCCGCGAUGUCUUCGGGCCGAAAGCCCAGCUCAGAGUCCUGACCACCACUUACCUGCCCAACAAGAAGAUGAAGAAGGCCGGAGACGACCCAUUGCAAAACUACACGAUCAUGCAAGCGCCCAAGCGGAUCGAUGCGACCAGGGUCAUCGGUUGCCACACCAUGCCGUACCCAUAUGCGGUGUUCUAUUGCCACAGCCAAGCGGAGAGCGAGAACAGGGUGUAUCGGAUUUCUCUGGGUAGCGGCGGUGGAGAGGAUGGAUGGGGAGAGACAUCGGUGGAGGUGGAGGCGGUGGCAGUUUGUCACAUGGACACGACGCUGUGGGACAGAGACCACGCGUCGUUCCGAGUCCUCGGCGUCGAGCCUGGGUCCUCCCCGGUUUGCCACUUCUUCCCUGCAGAUAAUCUCGUGUGGGUGGCCUCUUAGUAUAGUCGCAUGACUCACCCGUUUGAUUUUUCAGGACAUGUAUGUGUUUGCAACGAGCAGUAAUAUUACGUAAGGUGUUGUAUCUUGUUUGUUUGUUUUUUUUUUUUGUCGGUCAGUGUUGUAUCUUGUUCACGUGUAUGUAUAAACGUAUGUACGUAUGUACUGACCGCCACAUAUCAACCAGUGUGACAUGGUGGGCUCUUAUAUGGUUUGCUCGAGUCUUUGAUGACAUUGAUGUUAC